GCAAUGAAUUACAGAGGAUCCGAGACCCGAAAGAAUGCCACAUCUUGUUUCUCAACAGCCUUAGCCGUCAAUGCAUUGUCGGACCUCGACUUCAUCCUUUUUCUUCUCCAUCCACACUUUCUAAGCCUUUUCUUUAUUCUCUUCUUCAAAUCUGCUCCCUUUCCCUUUUCCUUUCCCAUUCUCUUUUGUUAUGUAGAGAUUUUGUUGUGGAGGUUUGAAAAUUAGAGUUUGGGCAAUAUGACAAUGAAUGAGCGGAAGACAAUUUACUUAGACGAAGGAUUGGAGUUUAUUCAAAAGGGGAUAACAAAGCUGAAGAACAUCCUAGAAGGGUUGCCAGAGCCAAAGUUCAGCUCUGAGGACUACAUGAUGCUCUACACAACCAUUUACAACAUGUGUACACAAAAGCCCCCUCAUGAUUACUCCCAACAACUGUAUAACAAGUACCGUGAGUCUUUUGAAGAAUACAUCACUUCAAUGGUAUUGCCAUCGUUAAGAGAGAAGCAUGAUGAGUUUAUGUUGAGAGAGCUUGUGAAAAGGUGGGCAAACCAUAAAGUCAUGGUUAAGUGGCUUUCUUGUAUCUUCCAUUAUCUGGACCGCUACUUUAUUGCUCGGAAGUCACUUCCAACCCUAAAUGAAGUUGGACUCACGUGCUUCCGUGAUCUGGUCUACCAGGAGUUAAAUGGUAAAGUGAGGGAUGCUGUAAUUUCUCUGAUUGACCAAGAGCGUGAGGGAGAGCAGAUUGACCGAGCUUUAUUAAAGAAUGUUUUGGAUAUAUUUAUUGAAAUUGGAAUGGGGCAGAUGGAUUACUAUGAGAAUGACUUUGAAGCGGCAAUGCUUAAAGAUACAGCUGCUUAUUAUUCUCGGAAGGCAUCCAACUGGAUUCUAGAAGAUUCUUGUCCUGAUUAUAUGUUAAAAGCUGAGGAAUGUCUAAAGCGGGAGAAAGAUAGGGUUUCUCACUACUUGCAUUCUAGCAGUGAGCCAAAGUUGCUGGAGAAAGUUCAACAUGAGUUGUUGUCUGUAUAUGCAAACCAACUGCUUGAAAAGGAACACUCUGGAUGUCAUGCAUUGCUUAGAGAUGACAAGGUGGAGGAUUUAUCGCGAAUGUUUAGGCUCUUUUCCAAAAUUCCUCGAGGCUUAGAUCCUGUUUCCAGUAUAUUUAAGCAGCAUGUUACUGCUGAAGGUACUGCUUUGGUCAAACAAGCUGAAGAUGCAGCAAGCAAGAAGAAGGCAGAUAAAAAGGACAUUGUUGGUUUGCAAGAACAGGUGUUUGUUAGGGGGGUUAUUGAGCUGCAUGACAAAUACUUGGCAUAUGUCAAUGAUUGUUUCCAGAACCACACUCUUUUCCACAAGGCAUUGAAAGAAGCUUUUGAAGUCUUCUGCAACAAGGGUGUCGCUGGAAGUUCCAGUGCAGAACUAUUAGCCACUUUCUGUGAUAAUAUUCUUAAGAAAGGUGGGAGCGAGAAGCUGAGUGAUGAAGCCAUUGAGGAAACACUGGAAAAGGUGGUAAAGCUGCUUGCUUAUAUUAGUGGUGGUCAGUUCACCUCAAAGAUGGAAGGGAUGGUCAGAAAGGUAACGGAUUGGACAUCAGCAAGGAAAAUCCAAACUAGUUUUGAGGAGUAUCUAAGCAAUAACCCAAAUGCAGAUCCAGGGAUUGACUUGACGGUUACUGUUUCGAAAACUGACAUCUGGCCAAGAUACAAGUCUUUUGAUUUGAACCUUCCAGCGGAGAUGGUCAAGUGUGUUGAAGUUUUUGGGAAAUUCUAUCAGACAAAAACAAAACACAGAAAACUUACCUGGAUAUACUCUCUGGGUACCUGUAACCUUAUUGGGAAAUUUGAACCAAAAACCUUGGAGCUGAUUGUGACAACCUGUCAGGCUUCUGCACUGUUGCUGUUCAACUCCUCUGACAGAUUGAGUUAUUCAGAGAUCAUGACUCAACUGAACUUGACCGAUGAUGAUGUUAUUAGAUUGCUACAUUCUUUGUCAUGUGCAAAGUAUAGGAUUCUAAACAAGGAGCCAAAUACAAAAUCAAUCUCUCCUACUGAUUACUUUGAAUUCAACUCAAAGUUCACUGACAAUAAGAGUAGGAUCAAGAUUCCUUUGCCUCCUGUGGAUGAGAAAAAGAAAGCAAUUGAAGAUCCUGUGGACGAGAAAAAGAAAGUAAUUGAAGAUGUUGACAAGGACAGACGAUAUGCUAUCGAUGCUUCAAUUGUGCGUAUCAUGAAGAGUAGGAAAGUUUUAGGUCACCAACAGCUGGUUAUGGAGUGUGUUGAGCAGUUGGGCCGCAUGUUCAAGCCCGAUUUCAAGGCAAUCAAAAAGCGGAUUGAAGAUCUGAUUACACGAGACUAUCUCGAAAGGGACAAAGAUAACCCAAAUUUGUUCAGAUACUUGGCUUAAUGUGGCCUUGUUGAUUAUCCAUGAAUAAUGAAGUGGUGACUGGCAACUGCAAUUUGCACUAGAAGAGUGUACCUGAAUGAAGCAGCUCAAGAAUAUUUAUAAACGCCAUUAAUUGAGUGCUGCUUUUUGCUGAUUUAUUAGAAGCAUGAGCCGAGGCCGCUUGUACAUUUUGCCUUCGCAGCCAGGUAUGAAGAACUUCCAUAGAUUGUGCACCCAUGUUGGAAAAUUGUAAUUGAUUCCACAACGAGGUCCAAUGCACCAAUAGGACCAUCUACCAUCCUGUAUCUGUUAUUUUCUGCAAGUCCAUCACAUUACUUGAUGCCUGUUUGUUAAUUGUUUCUUUACUGCCCCACUGGAAGAAGAGAAAAAAAAAAUGUGAUUUGAUUUUAA